AAAAGAAAAGAAAAGAAACAUAGUGUACAUUAGGGGCGGGUCAAAAUAUUCAUUUGUUGACACAUCGUCGUCCUUCCUCAUGCAAUAGGACAAUCGAUAAGCCAGAGUAAAUGUCGAUAUUUCAAUUAACAAAUUAAGGCACUCUAUCGUGGUGCUGCUCAAAUGAAUGAGAGAAACUUGGGCUGAAGAAGAGUGAGUUUACAGCGGGAUAAUGGAGGAGAAAUCUCUGUAAUGAGUUACCCCAUCCACAUUCAAUACAUAGACUUUAAGCACUUUGUUCUCUAUGUUGUGAAUAAAUAGAGAAAUCCUACACUUCUACCUUUCCACAGACGUUUUGAUUUCUGACGUUUACUUCAGUUGCAAUAUAUUGAUUAUCACAGAAUCGUCGUACCGUGAUAUUAUUGGUAUCGUGGACUUUUUACUGCACAUCACCUUGUGAUUCCCACCCCUAGUAUACACUGACCUACAUUGUGUCCUCACAGCCAUGUCCAGCAGCCGCAGGCCUAACUGUUUCAGGAGCGACGUCCACAGACUGCUGCAGGCGGCUGAAGCCGGUCAGAGGGCUGACGUCCUGACCUACUUCUCAGGUCAUCUGGGGCCCCGCAGCCUGAACCACAGUCUGCCUCGUAUGGACACAAAGCAGCGCUUCUGGAAGACGUCCAAGAGCCAAGAAGAAACUCCAGACCCUCUGACAGUCCGGCAGAGACGAACAAAGACACUGACCUAUGUACACAACAAAGAGAUGAAAGAGUCUCCCUCUGAGUUCACCACCAGCACUGCUGCUGUAGAAUCUGAAAUAUCUGAGUCAGGACAAGCACAGGCCUCUGAUCGUGCAUCACAUGCAGACAGAAGAGUCAAUCCCAGCCUACCUAACACAGCUCGUCGUUCCUUAAAGUUUGUGCCAUUCCAGCUGAGCGCUCUUUCCCAGAAAAAGCAACAUUUUUCAUCUAAUCCUGAGGGGAAACAGCAAGGACUGAAUAAUGAAGACCAGCUAAAGACUAAACAAUGGUUUGGCAGGGAGUCUGCAGCCAAGCAGGACCCGUGGGUUGGAAUAAAUGUUGCUGAAAUGCAUGAGAGGAAACUACAUAAGGAGCUGAAGAAGCUGUCAGCACAGAGCUGGCCCAGCAGAGACCGCCUUGCGGUGUUCAGUGACGUCUUUGAUGAUGUAUGUGAAUGCUCGCCAGUAUUUGGACGCAUCCUGAGGGAAAUUAAGACAGAUUAUGAUUUAUAUGUCAACCACCUGAUGACAUCACAGUCACCACCACAUGACAUG